GCACAGAGCUUGCCGCGGCUGGGGCCAGGGCUGGGCAGUCUGCCAGACGGCCGCGGCGCUCCAGCAGCUCGCUGCGUGCCAGGCGACGGUAUUUGGGAUGACUUUAGCCAGCUCUAGAUUUCUGUGGCUUCUCAAGACCUCAGCCCUCAUCUUAGGACUUGGCAUUGUUUUGUCCGUCUUCAGAAAUGUGUCCCUCCGUGUACUGUACAGCAGCCUCAGACCGGAGCCCGCUCGCCCCACUCUGGCUGUCCAGAUGCCAAAGCUUCUCCCUGAGGAACAUCUCAGGAACCUCUUUACUUAUGAUGGAAUCUGGCUGUUCCCGAAAAACCAGUGCAAGUGUGACACCCUCAAAUGGAAGGAAAGCUAUAACUUUCAGAAUGCCUAUAGCCAGACUGAGCUUCCUGCCGUGAAAGCAAGAAGACAGGCAGAGUUUGAACACUUUCAGAGGAGAGAAGGGCUGCCCCGCCCACCACCCCUGCUGGCUCAGCCCAACCUCCCCUUUGGGUACCCGGUCUAUGGGGUGGAGGUGAUGCCCCUGCACACAGUUCCCAUCCCAGGUCUCCGGUAUGAAGGACCAGAUGUCCCCAUCUAUGAGGUCACCCUGACAGCUUUUCUGGGGACACUCAACACUCUCGCGGACAUUCCAGACAGGGUGGUGCAGGGCAGAGGCCAGAAGCAGCUGACCAUUUCAACCAGUAGCCGGAAGCUUUUGAAUUUCGUCCUCCAGCAUAUGACAUAUACCAGCACGGUGUACCAGCUCCGUAGGGUGGAUGUGGUGAGUUUGGAGUCCAAGUUCUCAGUGGCCAAGUUUCCAGUGACCAUCUACCAUCCUGUCAUACCCAAGUUAUAUGACCCUGGACCAGAGAGGAAGCUCAGAAACCUGGUGACGGUCGCUACCAAAACUUUCCUCCGUCCCCACAAGCUCAUGAUCAUGCUCCGGAGUCUUCGUGUGUAUUACCCAGAUCUGACCGUGAUUGUAGCUGAUGACAGCAAGGAGCCCAUGAAAAUCAAUGACAGCCACGUCGAGUAUUAUACCAUGCCCUUUGGGAAGGGCUGGUUUGCUGGUAGGAACCUGGCCGUAUCUCAGGUCACCACCAAAUACGUUCUCUGGGUGGAUGAUGACUUUCUCUUCAAUGAAAAGACCAAGAUUGAAGUGCUGGUGGAUGUCCUGGAGAACAGCGAGCUGGAUGUGGUAGGCGGCAGUGUGCUGGGAAACGUGUUCCAGCUUAAGCUGUUGCUGGAGCAGAGUGAGAGUGGGGACUGUCUUCACCGGAGGCCAGGAUCUUUCCGGCCCCUGGACGGCUUCCCCAGCUGCGUGGUGACCAGUGGUGUUGUCAACUUCUUCCUGGCCCACACAGAGCAACUCCAAAGAGUUGGCUUCGAUCCCCGCCUGCAAAGAGUGGCUCACUCAGAGUUCUUUAUCGAUGGGCUCGGGAGCUUGCUCGUGGGGUCAUGCCCAGAAGUGAUCAUAGGUCACCAGCCCCGUUCUUCAGUGGUGGACCCAGAUCUGGCUGCCCUGGAGAAGUCCUACAGUGCAUACCGGGCCAACACCAAUGCCCAGAUCCAGUUCAAGCUGGCUCUCCACUACUUUAAGAACCAUCUCCAAUGCUCCACAUAAAGAUGCCGGGGCAUCAGAAAAACACGAGGCUGACGGACUGUGGGCAUCUAGAACAGUGGAACUGGUGGUUGGGCUACCAAACUGUAGACUCCUGAUAAGACCAACGUUGUGAUGCACUAGCUAGUGGGUGGGGCAAAUGGGUGGGGCUCAGUUACUGGAAAUACCAAUCAAAGGCUAAGGGUCAUUAGAAAUGGACCAAUCACUGGUCAGAGCAAUGGAGAUCUAUCAAUAACAAUCAUUUGUUGGUUUGAAGACUUACCAUUUAUGAAGCACUUACACAUGUAGUACCUCACAUCAUUCAGUCUCACGUGAAAGAGUAUAUUAUGGGUUGGUAUCCUUGGUCAAAUGAAUGGCUGCUGGGUCCUUGAGGGUUAUUUGGUGAAAAUUAUGUCACAGUCAGAAGCAUCAUCUCUGGCAUCACUGUCAUUCACGAAUUUUUAUUUCAUCCUACCCUGGUGCCUCAAAUAAUGUGAAUAAUGCAGAGUCCUUGCCUUGAGGAGGUUGCAGCCUGGUUCAG